GUUGAUUUUCUCCUCUUUUGCUCCCUACAUCCCAUCCCAUCACAUCCAGGAGCGCGCUCACUCAUCAGCCUUUUUCUCCCGAGGGUCGAGCAAACUCAACUCAACUCUGCUCAACUCCCUUUUCUUCCUUGCUCUCCCAGCCCCCCCUCUCUCUCUUCAUCCUACAACUAACGACAACCAACUGCAACACAUCGAUACCAUCCAUCUAUCUCUUGGGGUAUCAAGAGCCUAGGUAUUCAUGUAUUACACUUGAGCACGAGACUUUUAUUCUCCACUAUUCGUCUCUAUCUCUCUCUCAUCUCUUUUUUUACCCUUCCUCCUUCCUUCAUCCCCCCCCCUCCUUUCGUAUCUCUCUAUUCCUUUGACCCUCGUCACGUCCUGGCCACUCAAUCCCACUUUUUUCUUUAAAUCAACCAACAAAGAACGCGACGAGGUCUAAACGCAGCAUCAACAUUCAUUGUUGAACUUCUUUCAAGACAAUACAAUACAAUACAAUACAAUACAAUACACACAAUACGGCACAAGAUAUAAUAUCCCGAUCAUCUUGUCUGUAUCUUAUAUAUAUUACACCAGUCAGGCGAGCUUUUGCCCCUGCCGAAAUGGCACUCUUAUUGUCCUCUGAGGGCGCCUUUGAGGUCAGCGUCACGGACGAUUCUUCUUCCAAUGUCGCGUCUGCAACUUCAACACCUCCUACUACCGUCGCCGAUGAAGCCAGUCUUCACUCCGAUUCUCCCAAACGCGAUGUCGUUCACGUUGCACUCGAGCCUGACUCUCCCGAAAUCGCGCCUCCUACAUCCGAGCCCAUCGAGCCUACAGAGACCGACAGCGCCGCCAAUGCGCCGCCUCCUGCCCCAAUUCGCUCGCGACGUAGCCGCGUUAGUGCUCCGGUUUACAAUCUCGUUCAAUUGAGUGGUACAGCUGGCCAUGGAAAGCGACGCGCCAAAGGAGACAUUGUCGCGGACCGACGACGGAGAAGAAAGACUAUCUCCGGCCCAAUCUUGGGCGAUGACAAGGGAACGUCCGAGACUUCUCAGGAUGCAACACCCGAAACCGUACGCAGUGGUAUCGACGCGCUGGGAGCUACUCAGUCAGCAAGCAAACUGGACUCACCCCGCCCUCGUCGCCAGAAGAUCGUGGAGGAGAGUGGCUCGAGCAGACGUUCUUCGACGCGUCGAUCCAAUGUCUUUGCGCCUAUCGCAGCUACACCUAUUACUAAAAACUCCAAGGCUACCAAACGCAGUCGCAAAUCCAUGGAAAAGCCCUCAACGCCCAUGUCGCGCGAGCUGAGGCGUCUACAGGACACUAAGGAGUUUGCGCAUAUCGACGAGAAGCCCGUGGUUUUGAGUGUGUGGUCAAACGGAAAAUUUGUUGACCCUAAGGCUGCCAAAGCAGCCUCACGAAAGAAGGCUGAGCCUGAGCAACCUGUCGAGGAGCCCAAGGAGGCCGAGCCCGAGCCCGUGGUCAACACCAGGAAGCGUCGGGUUAAGAAAUAUCUUGCCAAGGGUCUCUACGCUGGACAGGAUGCUCCCAUUGACAUUUCUAAGGGCUUGACCGUGGGAGAGAAGAAGGCCCUGGCUCAGCUACCGGAACUCAUUCCCAGCGGCCGCGUCAACAAGACAAUGCCUUUACCCAUGUUCAACGGCCUUCGCACACUUAUUGAAGGCCGCGACUUCAAGCUCCCCUACCAGGUCUGCAACCCGCUUCCACCAGGCCAACCUAAACCUGAUGAAUGGAAGAAAAUGACAAAGAAUCGCUUCAUUGGCGAAUCUAAGGAUUACUGGAGAAAGUCCCCCCACUUCCACGACUAUUCAUCGAAGUGCGUUUGCAAGCCGGAAGAUGGGUGUGGCGAGAGCUGCCAGAAUCGAAUUAUGCUUUACGAAUGUGAUGAGCAGAAUUGCAAUGCGGGCAAGCAGUAUUGCACCAACCGUGCUUUUGCCACUCUCACGGCGCGCCGAAACAAAGGCGGAAAAUACCGAGUCGGUGUUGAGGUGAUCAAGACAUCCGACCGUGGAUAUGGUGUCCGAAGCAACCGAUGCUUCAGACCGAACCAGAUCAUCAUGGAGUAUGCCGGAGAAAUCAUCACCGAAGAGGAGUGUGAGCGCCGCAUGACCGAAGUAUACAAGGACAAUGAGUGCUACUAUCUCAUGAGCUUCGAUCAAAAUAUGAUCAUCGACGCAACAACAGGAUCUAUCGCGCGUUUCGUGAAUCACAGCUGCAACCCAAAUUGCAGAAUGAUUAAAUGGAUCGUUUCCGGACAGCCACGAAUGGCCCUGUUUGCGGGUGAUAAGCCCAUCAUGACAGGUGAUGAGCUGACUUAUGACUACAACUUUGACCCUUUCUCGGCCAAGAACGUACAGAAAUGUCUCUGCGGAGAACCCAACUGCCGUGGUGUUCUGGGACCCAAGCCUCGCGAAGUCAAGCAGCCCAAAGCUGAUCUCAAGAAUGCAGUCAAGGGCGCUGUCAAGGCAGGCAAACGUAAGCUUAAGGAGCUUAUUGGAGACGAAGGAGACAAUGGCAAGAAUGCAAAGAAGCGCAAGGUGCAGCCUGCAAAGGGAGUGAAGCGAGCGAUUUCCAACGCGGGCUCUAAGAUGGCCAAGGGUGCAGCAAAUGCUUUCAAGAAGGGUGUUUCCACAGUGGCCUCGACUACCAAGAAGGCGGCUCUGGGCUCAAAGUCACCGGCUAAGCGACGUGCCACGACUGGAGCUCUCCUUAAGAAGACGACUACCAAACGAGUCCUGCAAACAUACUCACGCACUCCACAGAGACGAGCAUCGGAACGUGCAUCGAGUGUCGGCCUUGUCUCUGCAAGCCGAGCCAAGAGCUCUUCAGUGACCAAGGUGUCAACUAAGACGACGAAGACGACGGCCAGUCUCAGAAGGACAUCCUCCCGGGUGGUCUCGCCCCGACAGGCAUUGGAUCUUUCACGCGAUGGCGAGAUCCGGGUGGUUGCAGACGAUUAGGAAUAUCGGAGAGUUGAUGACGUUGGAAAGGGGAUUUGUGUUUACUGAUAAAGAAUGCAUUCUCGCAGGCCUGGACUGCUCCGUUGCAUCAUGAAAUGAAUCAAGAAUAGGGGCAGGAGAAACGAAUCGGACAGGAAUAGGAACAGGAGCAGAGGAGCGAUAGGAAAUACGGGUGCUAAUCUUGCUCUUUUCCCGCCAUUAUCUUCAUUCUAUUGCUUUUCUGCGGGCGCCAGGGCGUACAAGGAGGCAAGGUUUGGCAUUGUACAGUAUCAGGGAACGGAUGGAUGGCUGGCCGGCUGUUGGUGGUCUGUAACCUUGCUUUAGCUAUCUUUCAUGCUUGCUUUACUGUUCAACACGUAUUGUAAUGAUGUUUGGAAGUGCUUGCUUGCUGUGUACAGUGGUUGCAGUGUGUGUUUCUCGUGAUCAAAAUGCGAUGCGAGGCUUUGCAAUGACAUUGAUGGUCAAGGAUCAGGGGUUAUGUGAUUGUAUAUCCCGGGCACUGAAUCAGACUUGAUUGCAUAUUCCUGAAUACUCACUCAGCCUUUGACAACUAUGUUGAUUUGUCAAUCACAC